UACGAAGAUUGUUCUGGCCUAUUCUCCAGAGUGUGUAUAUGCGGUUACCCGCGGCAACAGAUACGGCGCUAUAAAGGUAUUAGCACACGGAUGACGGUUACAUCAGAGUUCUUGGUUCAGCUCCUCACAGGGAUACACUACGCAUUGUGUAACGGAGAAGCGGAACUCGGAUCCAAAGCUUUGGAUGACGUCCUGUAUCGGGCCCAGCUCGAGUUGUUCCCGGAAGCGCUCUUGGUGGGCAACGCCAUCAAGUCGACGCAGCAGGGCGCGGCUCUGAAAAGCAACACCAGGGAGGGUGAACGUAGCAUCCAGGUGGAGAUCACACCCACCGCUUCCAGGAUCUCCCGGAAUGCUGUCACGUCGCUCUCUAUCAGGGGCCACCGCUGCAAACGACACGACGCAAUGGAUCUGGGUUCCCCGGAUGAGCUGAUGGAUAUUUCGGAGGCGGACGAAGGCGGGAUGGCGCCUGACACAAACCCACCCACCAUCAUCAUCAGCAACAGCGUCACCACGUUAAAUCUAGGGGCAAAGGCCAUAAAGAAGUACCGUCUGGGCGGGUGCAGCAGCAAGGACAAAGAAUCCAGCCCGCUCCCCAUCGGUCGAGCGGCUAGCGAGAGCGUGGAGACGUCCGUCAAACGUCUCACGCUCACUUCGAGCCAGUCUGUGCCCAAAGCAGGAGCUCUCACCAGCUUGACACGCACGGCCAGCGCCGUGUUCUCUCGCUCUUUUGAGCAGGUAGCCGCCGGUACCACCCCGGCCCCUGGCAACCACACUGCCCCAGAAUCUGGCACUUAUUCAUGCAGCCUGCAGGAGGAAGGGACGGCCUAUUUAAACCACACGCAACGUUCGCCAAGUAUCAGCGCGCACCUUGGCUCGGACCUUUGAAAUGGUUUUAUGAUGAACCUUUGGAUUUGAUCCUGUGAUUCUGCACCAGUAACCUGGAGCUGUAAGCCAUGCCAACCACUAGGGACCACGAACAUUUUUUUUUCUUUUCCUUCGCUCCCAUGCUCCACUGCGGUGUUGUUCUUUCUGUGCCGGGGAGUUGAAGUCACUUUGCCGAUUUCUUUGACUCAUUCAUUGUAAACCACUGCCAUGUCAGGAAGAAAUUUACAAGCCUCUGACAAUAUAUACAUUUAAAGCUCAUCACUAACCACUGUGUGUCAAAGUAUUUGGAAAUGAGUUGGCAUGUGUUGCCUUUGCAUGCGUUUUCCAUACAUUCACCUUUACCUUGACCCCCCCCCAUGGAAGGAGAUGUGUGUGGGUGAGUGUUUCUCUUUUGUGUGUGUGUAUAAAAGCUGUUGAUUGAAUGAAAGUUUAAACCUCCGGAUUCAAAAAGAACAAUUUUCUUUGCUCCUUCCUCAUAGCAAUACAAACCGUACCUUCAGAGUUUAGACGAAUAUAUUUAAACCUAAACGACUUUGGUCUAAUAACAGAUAUUUUUAUGAAAGAAAAAAAAAUCCACAUUCUUCCCUAACAAGUAUGGAAAUCGCAAGUGUUCCAUUCUUAAUAUUUACAGUCAGUAUUGUUCUGAUGAGCAAGAUGAAACUCAACAUAAUUAGUCCAAUGAUGUUUUUGACUCUGGUGAGAGGGCUAUGAAGUAUCAGGGUUUGCACUUGAGAGGCUAAUUACAUAUUUAUAAAGGAGUAACUCUCACAGGUACCAAUCCCAAAAGAAGGUGUGUUACAUAUGUCUGUAAGAAAACCUGUGGAUUCUUUUAAUACCUCAUUUAGCCACCAUGCCAGGUAUUUGUAGUAUUUCUGACGUCUCUUUCCUUUUGUUCCAAGUCAACCCACCUCCAUCAAAUCAUCAUGCUAACACAAAGGUCACCUCCAUCCCCAGUGUAAACUGUCGUCUGUGUGCUAUUAACGGUUUGGUGUACAUAAUUUGAAAGGACAAUCGAUGUGUUUCAGUAUGUCAGUUUACAAAUUGUGACUGCUUCUGCUUUUGCUGUACAUCAUAUUGUUGUUCUUAAGAUGUUUUUACUGGCCUUUUUAUAUGUCCGAGGAUGUGCAGCUCAUUGCUUCUGGAAAUAAAGUGUUUCUUUUGACUCAAA